GAGGAUUGCAAGUACUCAAAGAGGAAGGGACGAGGGCAAGCGGACAAGACGCGAGAAGAGGGCAAGUGAUCCCACGUCAGUCUCUCGCCGCUACGUCUACCUCAGGAUGCGAUCUGUACGCUCGACGCUCUGGCCGCCAGCAUGGAUGGGGCCAUACACGGGGAGCGGAAGUCAUUCGGGAACAAGAGCGAAGCGAGGAAGAGCGGGUUGGGGUGAGCAGGACAGGAGGCGCUGGGCUUGUCACACCGACGGGCCCGCUAUCGCGAGGGGCCUCAGAAAGGGGACUCAUCUCCAGCGCGCUCGCGUCAAAGCAGUGCGGAAAGAGGCUGCCACGCGCAUCAUCAUGCAGAGGUUCGGCGUCGUGCACUCGUUCGCUACCAGGGGCAGCGUCCACGGAUUCGACAUCGUGCAGCCGACGUUGACCACCAUCAGGCUGAGGGACAUCGCGGGCGGUCGUGGGCGUGCAACGUGCCAGAGCGCCACCAGCGGCAGCAGCGGCAUGGGCAUCAUCGUGCAGGGGUCGUGCAUCAGGAGCUUCUUCGGGAAGGGGACAUACGCCACCAGCGGCAGCUCCAGAAUCGGCAUCAUGCACUCGAACGCCACCACUGGCAGCGGAAUCGGAUUCGUCUUCGUGCAGCUGCGGUUGACCACCAGCGGGCUGAAGGUCAUCGCGAUCAGCUUCGUGCUCAUGCAGAGGUAGGCCACCGACGGGGGCAGAGGAGGAGGAGGAGGAGGAUGAGGAGGAGGAAGAGGAGGAGGAGGACGGGUCGCCUAAGCCCUUCGGAGAAACCUUCCAGCGCGAGCGUAGUGCGCGCAGCGACGGCCUGCCGCCGCCGCCACCCCGGCGGAAAGCCGAGAUCUGCGGGGUGCGCUCACCAGCGCAGGCGAAGACUCCCGCCGGCGGCGCACGAGGGACGCACCUGCUGUGGUUCGCACGCAGCGUUCUGAAAACAUCUCGUGCAGACCACAACAGGUUCUCACAACAGACCUUGGUGGGCCUGCACGCAAGCCAGGACGUUUCGCCACUGCUUGGCUGUCCCAGAUGCGGACCGGCAGGUUCUUCGGCGGGGCUAUGCGGCUGUGCGCCCCGGACAAGGGACCUUCGCCCGUCCGCACCAGCGCAUACGAAGGACCCCGACGGAAGGGGCAUAAAGUAGCGGCCCCCCUUGACUUUGGUGACGGAGGCACUGCGGCAGUGCCAGGGGCACAAUGUUUUUUUCGCCAGCGCGGACCAGCCACUGUCGUUCAAAUGCUGCUGCGCUCGAGGUAUGCGACUCUGUAGGGCUGAAUCAUCCGCCUGGCGCCGACCUUGUCAAAGAGGGCCAUGCAACUUAUAGGUCCAGUGUGAUUCGCCAUGGAACUAAGCAUCAACCGUUUCCUCUCAAUCGGUGAUACAAAUGAAAUGUGGGUGCGAUGCGUUCCAGCAUAACGCUGGACGCAAAGGUCAAAUAUGCGCAUCGGGCGUGAGUCGGUUUCUACAUCGCGAAGGAUUCCAUGUCGUGGCGCUCAAAUCUGAAAUCAAGAUCGUUGCAAAUAUUGUUCGCCUCCUGUCUGAUGUAUGUUCUUUUGUUGCCUUGGUUCCCGUGCAUCGACACCAAAACAUCUCUAGCUCUGGCACUGCGGGGUUCAGACAUGAUUACAUCAAGCUGUUUCGCCUUCAUGAUCGAGUAUGGCCGUAUUCGGUUACAGAACUCUUGAACGUCGCUAGGCACAGCAACAUGUAAACAACUUACACCAUCACUCCGCAUUCUCACAUUCGAACCUUUGCCAUCAAGAAUUGUAUCCUUGACUGCUUGUAGAAAGGCAUGGUUCUUUUGAGCAAUGGAAGCCGCAAACCUGAACUUUCUGCCAGACGGCACACACCCGAAAUAUGCAUCAGCAUCACAAAAACCAGCUAUGUACGCACACUGCUUCUCAUACAAUCGUUUACCAAACACUAGAUGUAUGCUGUACUCAUGAGGUGUGUUCAUCUGCGCUUUUGCCCGAACGUGUUCCAAUUUCGAUUUCAGAUUGUGUCUUUCCUGCUGGAUAUAGUCUGCGAUACGUUUGCCGGGAGCUCCCUGGAACAAGUGCCGAUGUGUAAUCAGCAAGCGUGCCUGCUCCUUCUUCAGCACAAGCGCGCCGUCUAAAGCAUCAAGGGCAGAAAAUACUGCGGGUCCUGUUAGAUCCCACCGGCACACUGGCCGGUUCUUUGGAUUGAUGCGUGUUUGCGAAAACGAAAUUGACUUGCUGCCGCCGUACAAGGAAUGGAAUUCGCCUGUAGCUAGAAGGCCUUCUGUUGUCAGGGAUAGCCCAAUCGAUAAUCCUGGCCUCAAUGUAUUUCGACAUUUCGACACAAAUAUAGAACCAUCCCCGUCGACGAAACCACCUCGCCAAUAUGGGUCUGACGCCCAACAUCCUGCCGUGUACUGGGCCUGCUGCUUUGGCACUCGGGUCAACAUCAUGCCAGUCAUCCAAUGUCAAAAGCGAGAUGUACUCAGCGUGGGGGCAUGACUCAUCAUGGUAGGGAUAUGUACUCUUACCUGCAGGAGCCGCUGAGCGUCAAUAAAACAAUUGCUGGCUGCAGCAUGGGCCCGGUAACUCCAGCCAGAACUGCUUGGCCCACACUGGCUUGAGCCCGCAAGGCUUGAGCCAAAAUGGCUACGGAGCAGUGCCAGGGGCACAAUGAGGGGAGGAGCGUUAC